GUAGGCGGCAGAGGUGAGGUGUAGAACUCGUUUUUGCAUGUCUCUCGCCUCUAGACGCACCCUUCCCUCAUCCCAUGCCCUCCCACCUCCGCCCCUACAUUAAAGGUAGCAUUGGAUCCCGGGGCCGUUCAGUGAAGCUAGCAGGUGUCCGCAGGAACUCCCUUCCCCCUGCCAGGCUAGAAACCUUACAAGGCUGUCUAGAAAUAGCAGUGAUUUGUAAGGAGAGACCUGGCUCCAGCUUGGUGACUCUGGGCUGACUGCCUGCCUAGAGGUCCUCUCGGAUUUUUGCCCUUUGGAGUGGUGUCAAAACUAGACGUGAUACUUUGGGGAUGCAGCCUGUGAUAUUUCCUCCAGCGAAUGCAGUGCAGGGUUGGAUUAACAAGGUGGAAAGAAUUCGAGGGUUCCACCAAGUAGCUAUUAACUCUAGGGCUGCAGGCCUCAGGCCUUCUGCAGCUAUUUCUACACUCCCUGUACUGAAACUAUUUCUUCAUACUGGGCCUGACAGGCCUUUGCAACAAGGAUCACGGCAGAAGCCACACCGUGCGCCUCCCUCCCGGUUGGUUAACAGGCCCUGGUUUCUAGUAUUGCGAUUUAAAGUCUGGCGCUGGCUGCACGCCAGACCUGGGAGGCUGCCAGCUAGGCUUCACGUUGCUGGCGUCUGCUUCGGGGCAUUCAUUAGGUCUGAAGUCUGAAUCCCAGCUCCCUCCCUCUCACCCACUGAGCUGCAUAGCUCCAGAUUGCCUCUGCUUACGGGCGGGGCUUCUCAGCCUUCUGCCUUCUGGCCCGAUGCCCGCUUCCCAACGGCCGGAGGCCGCUAGACUAAUCGGCUUCGCCCUGCGCGCUGUAAUGCGCAUGCGCACGCGCACAAGUUCCUGGGCCCGCCCAUCUUCCGUACUUGGGCGGGGCGUAAAAGCCGGGCGUUCGGAGGACCCAGCAAUUAGUCUGAUUUCCGCCCACCUUUCCGAGCGGGAAGGAGAGCCACAAAGCGCGCAUGCGCGCGGAUCACCGCAGGCUCCUGUGCCUUGGGCUUGAGCUUUGUGGCAGUUAAUGGCUUUUCUGCACGUAUCUCUGGUUUUUACUUGAGAAGCCUGGCUGUGCCCUUGCUGUAGGAGCCGGAGUAGCUCAGAGUGAUCUUGUCUGAGGAAAGGCCAGCCCCACUUGGGGUUAAUAAACCGCGAUGGGUGAACCCUCAGGAGGCUAUACUUACACCCAAACGUCGAUAUUCCUUUUCCACGCUAAGAUUCCUUUUGGUUCCAAGUCCAAUAUGGCAACUCUAAAGGAUCAGCUGAUUCAUAAUCUUCUAAAAGAAGAACAGACCCCCCAGAAUAAGAUUACAGUUGUUGGGGUUGGUGCUGUUGGCAUGGCCUGUGCCAUCAGUAUCUUAAUGAAGGACUUGGCAGAUGAACUUGCUCUUGUUGAUGUCAUCGAAGACAAAUUGAAGGGAGAGAUGAUGGAUCUCCAACAUGGCAGCCUUUUCCUUAGAACACCAAAGAUUGUCUCUGGCAAAGACUAUAAUGUAACUGCAAACUCCAAGCUGGUCAUUAUCACGGCUGGGGCACGUCAGCAAGAGGGAGAAAGCCGUCUUAAUUUGGUCCAGCGUAACGUGAACAUCUUUAAAUUCAUCAUUCCUAAUGUUGUAAAAUACAGCCCGAACUGCAAGUUGCUUAUUGUUUCAAAUCCAGUGGAUAUCUUGACCUACGUGGCUUGGAAGAUAAGUGGUUUUCCCAAAAACCGUGUUAUUGGAAGUGGUUGCAAUCUGGAUUCAGCCCGAUUCCGUUACCUGAUGGGGGAAAGGCUGGGAGUUCACCCAUUAAGCUGUCAUGGGUGGGUCCUUGGGGAACAUGGAGAUUCCAGUGUGCCUGUAUGGAGUGGAAUGAAUGUUGCUGGUGUCUCUCUGAAGACUCUGCACCCAGAUUUAGGGACUGAUAAAGAUAAGGAACAGUGGAAAGAGGUUCACAAGCAGGUGGUUGAGAGUGCUUAUGAGGUGAUCAAACUCAAAGGCUACACAUCCUGGGCUAUUGGACUCUCUGUAGCAGAUUUGGCAGAGAGUAUAAUGAAGAAUCUUAGGCGGGUGCACCCAGUUUCCACCAUGAUUAAGGGUCUUUACGGAAUAAAGGAUGAUGUCUUCCUUAGUGUUCCUUGCAUUUUGGGACAGAAUGGAAUCUCAGACCUUGUGAAGGUGACUCUGACUUCUGAGGAAGAGGCCCGUUUGAAGAAGAGUGCAGAUACACUUUGGGGGAUCCAAAAGGAGCUGCAAUUUUAAAGUCUUCUGAUGUCAUAUCAUUUCACUGUCUAGGCUACAACAGGAUUCUAGGUGGAGGUUGUGCAUGUUGUCCUUUUUAUCUGAUCUGUGAUUAAAGCAGUAAUAUUUUAAGAUGGACUGGGAAAAACAUCAACUCCUGAAGUUAGAAAUAAGAAUGGUUUGUAAAAUCCACAGCUAUAUCCUGAUGCUGGAUGGUAUUAAUCUUGUGUAGUCUUCAACUGGUUAGUGUGAAAUAGUUCUGCCACCUCUGACGCACCACUGCCAAUGCUGUACGUACUGCAUUUGCCGCUUGAGCCAGGUGGAUGUUUACCGUGUGUUAUAUAACUUUCUGGCUCCUUCACUGAACAUGCCUAGUCCAACAUUUUUUCCCAAUGAGUCACAUCCUGGGAUCCAGUGUAUAAAUCCAAUAUCAUAUGUCUUGUGCAUAAUUCUUCCAAAGGAUCUUAUUUUGUGAACUAUAUCAGUAGUGUACAUUACCAUAUAACGUAAAAAGAUCUACAUACAAACAAUGCAACCAACUAUCCAAGUGUUAUACCAACUAAAACCCCCAAUAAACCUUGAACAGUGA